AAUAAAUUAUUUAAAAAAAUAAUUAAAAUUAAUCUCAUUUGAUUUAUUUGUUUUAUUUAAAAGCUAUUCAUUUUAAUCUAAAGUUUAAUUAUAUUUAUGUACGAGGAGUUACUGUACAUAGAGAAAAAUUAUUUCCAAGAGCCUUUACUUCUAUUUUAAUUAAACCGCAGAGUAGAUUCUACUAUACAGUGCAUUAAAAAAGAGGGGAUAUCAUCAAGACCUCCAACCAGAUAUAAAAGCUGACAUUUUAUUAAAUAUUUCAGUUUGAAACUUUACCAGUUCGAGAACAGUGCUUUAGCUCUUCUAAUUUUGACACUGACUUUUGAUUAAAUAUUCAAAUUCUAAAUUUAAUAGUUAAUCCAGGUCAAAUAAUAAAUUUAUAAAUAAAAUUUAAAAAGAAUUUGUAUUAUAUAUAAAAUGCCGGGUCAAUCAGAAGCACUAAAGAAAGCGACAUUUGGAAUGGGUUGUUUUUGGGCGUGUGAUGCUCUUUUUGGAGUAGUUCCAGGUGUAACAAGAACACGUGUUGGAUAUGCCGGUGGCACUAAGCUAUCUCCAACAUACAAAAACAUAGGUGAUCAUACUGAAGUCAUUGAAAUUGAAUAUGAUCCGAGUGCGGCAUCUUUUUCUCAAUUACUGGGUCUAUUUUGGAAUAAUCAUGAAUAUGGAUUGACAAAAAAAAUAAAAACACAGUAUGCUUCAUUAAUUCUUUACCACGAUGAAGAGCAAAAAAUAGAGGCACAAAAAUCUCUUAAUGAAGAGCAAAACAAACGGGGAACAACUUUUACCACCCAAAUUAAGAAAUUCGAUAAAUUUUAUCCUGCUGAAGACUAUCAUCAAAAAUAUCGUUUACAGUUGCAUACUUAUCUUAUUGAAGCUCUUAGUAUCGCAACAGCUUCUGAUCUCCAUACACCAUUAGCUACAAGAUUAAACGGUUACGUAGCGGGAGCUGGAUCACUUGAGCAAUUCGAUAAUGAUCCUAUUUGUAAAACACUUAAUGAAAAACAAUAUGACUAUGUCAAGAAAUGUGUGAUUGAUAAUCAGGGAACAGGACUGUACUGCUAAUGAUUCACAAAUUUCUUGUCCAAUUUUAAACUUCUUAUAUUUCGAUAACAAUUAUUAAUGCUAAGAAUGUUUAAAAAGGCUGUGAAGUUUUGAAAACAAAAGUUUUUAUUCACUAUUACUAAAAUUUUUCUACUUUUUCUUUUUGUUUCUUUUAAAUAAUGAUCUCAAAGCCUAAAAUAUAAUACGUUAUAAAGCAACAGAUUUUCAUUUGCAAAUAAUAUUUUUACACUUAUGCAAAAUUUUAAACAAACAAUAUUUUUCAACCUUCAAUAUGUUAUCUUUAAAAAAUUACCAACUAAAAUAAUAAUUUAAAAUUUAUAAAUGUAAAAAAAAAAAAAAAAAAAAAAAAAAAAAACAAUUAUCCAAGUAUAUUGCCAACUUUAUUUAAUUUUUCAACCGUAUCGAGUACAAACACUCUAAAAUUUACGGUUUAUUUUAUUAACUUUUUUUUUUUUAUUCACUAUGUGUCCUGCGCUUUUUUCGGUAAUUUAAUUUUUUCAUUUUUAGAAACAUACACAAUUUUCAUAAUUCGAAUUAAUAUAUUAAUAUAAUAAUUCAGUCACUCAUUUUUCGAUCUCAGUAUUCGCUCUAUAAAUAAAGCUUGUAUUGUUUGUACCGAUCAUGGAUUUGGAAAAAUUAUGUCACAGCAGUCGCACGAAAUUUUCUUUUUUUCUUUCUAAUACACAAUGAUAAUUAUAUUAGAACUAAUUAAAAUUAUAUAUAUUAUAAUUUAACAAAACAUAAUCAGUUUAAAAGCAAAUUACCGAUAUAUAAUAUUGAUUAAUUGCUGCAUUACAUAAUCAAAUAUUUUACUAUUAAAAAAUUAUUUCAGUUUAAAUUAUUAGAUUAAAAACACGUAAAAUAUUCAUAUAAAAUGUUUAAUAUGUGACUUAUUAUUUCUUUUCAAGGAAGAUAUUUGGUAUCUCGAUAUUUUUAUUUUUUUGUUUAAUUGAUUUCGUGUUAAUGUAAAAACGUCAUGUAACGACCUUAAUAUUAGUUUAUAAAACCAUAGUUACAAAACAGGAUUACUAUGGAAUACAAUAUAAAUUAUACAA